AUGGCACAAGUCAAUGUGGAGAUAGCGGAAGAAGAAGACUCGGGCAAGGCUGAGCCCUCAGAAGCAUCCAAAGGUGGUCCUCUAAGGAUUUACACAGACGAGAUGGUGUUCAGCCGCCCGAGUAUUUCGUUGGCCAACCAUCUGAAGCCUAUAUAUGUUUCAGCUCACUUAGAAGGUGUGCCCUUCAAAAGAAUUUUAAUUGAUGGAGGAGCAGCUGUUAACGUGUUACCGGCCAAGCAGAUGAGGAAGAUGGGGAGAGGUACGGAAGAUCUUAUUCCCACGGACCUUACGGGAAGAAGACAAGAAAGGGAGCAAGAAGAGCAAGAAUGGCAGGAAGAAGCUUCAACCAGCCAGCAUGGAAAUAGAGAGGAAUCUUGCAGUGAAGAAUUGGAUAGGGCCAUUCAAAUGGCCGAGUGCAUAUAUGAUCUAGAUGGGCCAGACGACUUGCCCGAGAGCCCAGAGUUGGUCGAAUUUUUAUGUGCAGAACCUGAUAAGCCAUCACCCGAAGUUCAGGAUCCUUUGGAAGUUAUUGAUCUAGGCACGGAGGAAGAUCCAAGACCAAUACAGAUCAGUGGUUUGUUAGGGGUUGAUGAUCGGGCAAAAAUUAUUUGUCUUUUGCAAGAAUUCAAAGACUGUUUUGCUUGGCAUUAUACCGAGAUGCCGGGAAAUAUUAAUGGCGCUACACCAAAGGAUGAGUACCCCAUGCCCAUGGCUGAUUUAUCCAUAGAUGCAAGCAUGGAGGUAUAUAUCGACGACAUCGUGGUGAAAUCUAAAAUAGAAGAGCAGCAUCUAGUAGAUCUCAGGCAAGCAUUGAUAAGGAUGCGGAUCCACCAAUUGAAGAUGAAUCCAAAGAAGUGCGCAUUUGGAGUAAGAGCAGGCAACUUCUUGGGAUUCUUGGUGCAUCAGAGAGGUGUGGAAGUGGACAAGAACAAGUCUCGGGCAAUAUUGGAGUCACCUCCACCCACCAACAAAGUGCAGCUUCAAAGGCUACUAGGCAAGAUCAACUUCUUGAGGAGAUUCAUUGCCAAUUUAGCAGGCAAAAUCCAGCCGCUAACUCCUCUACUAAGAUUGAAAGAUAAAGAGAAUUUCGAGUGGGGGCCGACCCACCAGCAAGCAUUUGACAGCAUCAAGGCCUACCUAACUUCUCCACCAGUGCUGGUACCACCUCAAAGGGGAAAGCCCUUGAAGCUGUAUAUUUCUGCUUCGGAAAAAUCAAUUGGGAGUUUGCUAGCCCAAAAUAAUGAAGGUGGAAAUGAGCAGGCCGUAUACUACCUCAGCAGAAUUUUGACCGAGGUAGAAACAAGAUAUUCUCCGGUUGAGAGAUUGUGUUUGGCUCUAUAUUUUACUGCCAGAAGGAUUGGGAAGUGGAUUCUAGCACUGUCAGAAUUCAGCUCUCAAUAUGUACCUCAAAGGGCAGUCAAAGGCCAGGAAAUUGCUGACUUCUUGACCGAGCAUCAGGAACCUCAAAAUGAGAAGGUUGCAGGGGCUGGGAUUGUGAUUAUAAAUCUUCAAGGGGUUUAUCAUUAUUACUCAUUCCUGCUCGAUUACCAAGAAAAUACUAAUAAUCGGGCAGAGUAUGAGGUAUUGAUUAUUGGUCUAGAAAUCCUGUUGGAUUUGGGGGCAGCAGAAGUAGAAGUCUUUGGUGAUUCAGAGUUGGGGUCUAACUUAGCAGCCAAUGAAAUUGCGCAACUAGCCUCAGAAGUGCCAAUACAGGAAAGAAAGUAUGGAAUAGAUGUCGAGAUCCAAACAAGAAACCUUCCUUCCAUCUUAGACAGGGGAUUUAGUUUGGAUGUAAUGGUUCUAGAAACCAAGAUGGAAGAUUGGAGGGCACCCAUCAUUCAUCAUUUGAAGGAUCCCUCUUCACCUACAAGUAAGAAGAAUAGGCAGCAAGCAACCAAAUAUGUCUUAUGGGCGAAGAACCUGCUAAGAAAAACCCCAGAUGGAUUACUGUUAAAAUGCUUAGGCCAGGAAAAAUCCAUGAGAGUGAUGGCCGAAGUACAUGAGGGAAUAUGUGGAGCACAUUAA